CAUGUAUAUUGUUUAACUGAUUGAAUAAUUCAUACAGUACUUUAUAUUCACAUGUAUUAUUUACAUUGUGGUUAUCUAAAGAUAACCAUCAAAACUGUGUAUGUGUAAGAUGCAUAAAGAUAUCAUUAACUUUUCUGUUCUCAUUCUCAGGUCAAUGAAUCAUUUCUUUGCUAAAUGGAAAAUGGAAAAUGAAACAUAUUUUUACUUGAUGUUGUUUGAAAAUAUUGGGUACAUAAGAUAUGCUUUCUUUAGUUUGGGAUUUAUAAUAUAUUGUGCUAUUGUAUUCUUUAAUGCCCUUAUCAUUCUUACAAUUUUUCUGGAAGGGACAUUGCACCUGCCAAUGUACAUUCUGAUUUCAUGUUUAUCUGUCAACUCUGUGUUUGGAACAACUGCUUUUUUCCCAACGUUACUGAACGACUUGCUGUUUGAUACACACUCUGUCUCCCGUGCAGCAUGUUUCUUACAGGCUUAUGUCAUUUUUUCAUAUGCAUCAAAUGAAAACACAAUCUUAAUGUUAAUGGCAUUUGACAGGUAUGUAGCAAUCAGUAAACCAUUACAAUACAACAACAUAAUGACUCCCAAGGUUUUAUCUGUUUUAAUAUCUAUAGGCUGGAUUUAUCCAAUGCUUUGUGUUGGUAUUGGUGGUAUAUUAAGUGCCAGACUCACAAUGUGUGGUAACAAACUAUGGAAGGUGUACUGUCAUAACUGGGAAAUUGUCAAGCUUUCUUGUGCAAACACUAUUAUUAAUAAUGUUUUUGGCUUUUUCGUAAUGACCACAACUGUUAUCAUGCCUUUAAGUUUUAUAUUAUACUCUUAUAUUAAAAUUCUUAUCAUUUGUAGAAAAAGCUCACUAGAUUUCAGGAGAAAAGCAUAUCAAACUUGUAUUCCACACAUAGUGAUCCUCUUAAAUUUCUCAGUAGCUCUUUUUUGCGAGAUCACUUUGAGUCGGUUAGCAACUUUGGAACUCCCUAUAGGGCUGUCAAUCAUUCUUUCAUUAGAGUUUCUCAUUGUACCACCCAUACUGAACCCUCUUGUUUAUGGUUUGAAAUUUCCUGAAAUUCGCAAAAAAAUUAUAUGGAUUAUAAAAGCUUGCAAAUAA